AUGCAUGCUUUCGUGGACAGAGAAGAUCAGAAACGGAGAUUCAGGGGACUACUUCAUGAAGAAGAUUGGAGGAGCAUAACUGGUUUCAAAGUCCAGUUAGUUAAUACAGAGAUUCGAUUGACCAAACAGAGGAAAGAAAUUGUUCUCACGCGUGAUACCCAAGUUUCUAACUCUGAGUGCUUUAAUGGUUUCAUUCCUCUGGAUCUUAUUCCAUUUGGAGAUGUUUAUCGUUCAGCUGUUCAAGACGGAACAUCUUUCCUUAGAGAUUUUAUAGGUCAAAUAACUAUUGUGAGGGAGUUGGACACUAUGAUAGAUCCUUUCCUUCCUAGGAAUAUGUGGAACAUGCAUAACAAAUAUAUUAGCAAGAUUGACUUUAUGCUUCUGGACAACAAUGGCAAUGGGCUUAACUUUCGUGCGAAAGGAGAGUUAGCAGAUAAGUUCAAACGUUUCUGGCUUUGUUAUGGUUACACUGGAACAAAUAUCAUCCUCUUAACUGAUUGGCGAGUAGUUGGAUCAGAUGGUGGUAUAAACGUUGAAAGUGUGCAGGGUAUCUCUACUUUUGAUUUUCAUCCAACCGGUCACUUAGAGGUGGAACACUUCGAAAAUAUAUUCCUUCAUCCCACAUCCGAUGAUAGUGACGUUGAACUCAUGGAUGGUUGA